AUGAAGAACUUGAUAUUUCAGCUGCUGCCGCUUAUUAGCUAUAUCGGGUUCACCCACGGAGAACUAUACAAGCCCAAAAACUCCAUACCUUGCUCCACAAAUAAACCUUGUCCCGCUGAAUGGCCGUGCUGCUCGCCAUAUAAUGAAUGUGGAGCUGGUCCGGUAUGUGUCGGCGGGUGUAAUGUGAGGUCUUCUUUCGACGAGGAGAGCUGCGCUCCUAUACCUGCUUUAGUGCCCACUUUAAAACUCGAAUUUGCUAGCACGCCAAAAAUUCCCAAAUUCAUCGCGAACUAUCAGCCUAGACCCCCAAUAAAGGAGGAACAUUCUCCAAAUAAGGCAAAUGCUAAGGUGGGUGUAAUUGAAGGGGAACUCAAUUCCAAGAGAAUCAUACAUUACGCAAAAUUCUUGGUCACUCCGGACAGUAAAGAGGCAGAAAAAAUGUUGGAAGAUUUUGACUUCACACACAGCGGCUAUACGUCAAUCGAAGCAAGUAGCGGAAAUAUUGUAUUGGCUAUGCCAAAAAAAACAACCGGAAGUUUGGUUGCAUCGACCAGGUCGUUCCUAUAUGGUAAGGCAAGCGUGCGAAUGAAAACAGCGAGAUCAAGGGGUGUCGUUACUGCUUUUGACUUGAUAUCCGCAAUUGGGGACGAGAUUGACUUCGAGUGGCUGGGUGGUGAUCCGACAAUGACCCAACUAAACUAUUACUCGCAGGGGAUGUUAGAUUAUACAAGAAUGCAAAGAUAUCCUGUGGGCGCGGACACCUGGUCAACUUACCACAAUUAUGAGAUUGAUUGGGAUUCAGAAAGAAUUAUAUGGUAUGUCGACGGUAGAAUGGCUCGCACUGUUUUGAAGAAGGAUACGUGGGACCCCAUCAACAAAGAAUACAGGUACCCACAAACACCUAUGAGGCUAGAGGUCGCCGUUUGGCCAGGCGGCUCGGAAACUAACGGACCCGGUACGAUAAACUGGGCCGGUGGUCUUAUAGAUUGGGAAAAUUCGCCCGAUAUCAUUAAAAAGGGCCAAUUUGCGGCGCAUGUCGAACAAGUCACUGUGACGCCGUACCAAAACAAAUUCACAGAACAGGUGCAGUACUGUCUGAAGGCAAAGAAAAAGGCACCCACUGUUUCCGAAAAAGACUUAUCGAAAGUAAUCGUCUCCUACAAAAAACAAGACAAGGCGAUUCAUUACGGUGAGGGAUCCCUCCUAUGGGAUUGCUAUGUCACCCCAAGGAUAAAAGAUUGGCUAAGUUCUGGAAAACAGUCAAAAUAA